CUUUGCCACAUUCGCUCGCCUUGGCCGGGCCUCUCGCGAGGUUUCGCGCUUCCGCUUCCGGGUUUGCCGCAGUUGCUAGGGGCGGUUGCUAAGAGAGGCCUAGCGGAAGCGCCAUGGCGGGGAGCCGGUUGGAAAAGCUGGGGACCGUCUUCAGCCGGACGCGGGACUUGCUGCGCUCGGGGGUGAUUCCUGAAGCCAAGAAGCCCAUCUGGUACGACGUUUAUGCUGCCUUUCCUCCUCUGAGGGAACCUCUCUAUCGGAACCCUUGUCCCCGCUACACCAAAAAGGAAGACCUCGUGCCUCCCAUCUUGUAUCCUGAGGAUAAUAUUCGGGCGAAAUUUUACCAAGUUUAUGGAAAUGGCCCCAAACCUUUUGAGCUCUCCAGAUUAAACUUCAAAUCUGCUUGCCAAAGGUUUGUUGAGAAAUACAACGAAUUGCAAAAGCAAGGUGAAAUGGACGAUGACAGGCUCUUUGAAGAAACAGGAAAGGCCCUCUUGGCAGAGGGGUUGGUGCUACGGAGAAAAGCAACGGGGAAUGUAACCCCUGAGGCCAAGCCCAGGGACCCGAUGCUGGAAGCGAGACUUCAAAGUGUGUUGCACGAAAUGCAAGACAGCCCAGAAGAGCAGAAGCCUGAGACCGCGGAGGAAGUGCCAAAGGAAGGCCCCUUGCCAUCCUAAGGCCUCUUCAUUUCUCAGCCUUGAUUUUAAAAUGGUGUUAGGUGCUGCCGGCUACAUGGUCUGUGACAUAUGUGGCAUGCUGCACUGAGAGAUACCUGCAAGAAACACGGCUGGUGAUGUUAGUCCCACUUCGCAUUCCCCACUGCUAUGAACAUUGUGAUGUGCCUUGGCUUCCAGAGUGGAAGAAUGUAGGGUGGCUUACAUGGAUUCUGUCAUUAAACCAUGGAUUCAGUCAAUCAAUACAAUGGUGGAGGUGUUGAAUGGCUUGUGGUCACUGAGCCCCAUCGAAAAAAAAAUCAUUGGGGUUUCUCAUAAAUUUGUAAGUGUUGUCGAAGGCUUUCAUGACCAGAAUCACUGGAUUGCUGUGUGUUUUCUGGGCUGUAUGGCCAUGUUCCAGGAGUAUUCUCUCCUGAUGUUUCGCCCACAUCUAUGGCAGGCAUCCUCAGAGGUUGUGAGAUCUGUUGGAAACUAGGCAAGUGGGGUUUAUAUAUCUGUGGAAUUAUCAGGGUAGGAAAAAGUUUCCAACAGACCUCACAACCUCUAAGGAUGCACAAAUUUGUCAGGGCACCCAAUUUUUUGGAAGUUAGUCCAUAGAGCACUGUGAUUCACUGUGUCGAAUGCCUUUGCAAGGUCAAUGAAUGCCAUGUACAGAGGUUGAUUUUGUUCCCUGCAUUUUUCUUGUAGCUGUUGUGUAGUAAAGAUCAUGUCCACUGUUCCCCUGGAGGGGCGGAAGCCGUUCUGGGAUUUUGGGAGGGUGUCUUCAGAAACAGGUAGAAGGUGGUUUGCAAGGAUUCUUGCAAGGAUUUUCCCAGCGGAGGUUAGAAAGGAGAUACCGUGAUAGUUUCCACAAUCUGUUCUAUCCCCUUUCUUGAAAAGGGUAAUGAUGCAUGGCAUCCUUGAAGUCUGCUGGGAUUUCCUCGGUCAUCCACACUUUUUCAAUGAGCUCGUGGAGUUGUUGUAUCAGCUCAGGCCCACCCUCUUUGAAGAUUUCAGCAGGGAUCCCAUCAGGUUAUUUUUUGUUGGCUGAUGGCAUUGCUGACUUCUUCCAAACUAGGCAGUGCUGCAAGCUCAUCCCUGGUUUGUUAUUGCGGAAUUUGUGAGAGGCCCUCUUCGGCCACUUUGGAGCUGCGAUUCAGGAGGUUCUGGUAGUGCUCUUUCCAAUGUAGUGCAAUUGAUCUUUUGUCCUUCAGAAGUUUCGUUCCAUCUGAUGAGCGUAGAGGGUAUAUGCCAUAAGGAUGCCUGCCAUAGAUGUGGGCGAAAUGUCAGGAGAGAACGCUUCUGGAACAUGGCCAUACAGCCCAUUAUUAUUAUUAUUAUUAUCCUUGUAUUUUUAUCCUUGUAUUGUUGUUUUAAUUGAUUGGCUUUAACUGUUAUAAUACUCUUGUUUCAUGUUGUAUUACUGUUUUAUUUUUUUAUAUUGUAUUAUGUUGCUGUUUAUUUUGUCCCUAUGUUGUUUGGGCCUCUGCCCCAUGUAAGCCAUCCCGAGUCCCCGCAGGGAGAUGGUGGCGGGGUAUAAAGUUUCAUUAUUUAUUUAUUUAUUUGCGACAUUUAUAUCCUGCCCUUCUCACCCCGAAGGGGACUCAGGGCGGUUUGCAAGUAUAUAUACAUACAAUAUAUUAUAUUAUUAUAUAUUAUUACUAGCUGUGCCCGGCCACGCGUUGCUGUGGCGUUGUCUGGUGGUGUUGGUGAGAAAUUGUUGAGGUAGUGGUGGUAUUGAAUGUCUGUUGUAUGGUUGUCUUUAUGUUUAGUAUGCACACUGAAGUGCAUUAUAUGGCAGUGUGGAGUCAAGAUAAUCCAGUUCAAAGCAGAUAAUAUAAGAUUCUAAAUGGGUUGUAUAGCUGUGUGGAAGGGCCAUAUAAUCCAGUUAAAAUCUGAUAAUCUGUGGAAGAGGCCUAAGUGAGGCCUAACUGUGCCUGUCUCCUGGACUGAGUAGGUUGCUAGGAGACCAAGUGGGCGGAGCUUAGCCUUCAAACUGGCAGCAAUUGGAUAAAAACUAUUAUUCCUCUCCCUCUAAUUAGGACUUUAUUUUUCUUUUCUUUUUUGUUGUAUCAACCUAGAGGCAUGGAUGAGGGGUUGUGCUGUCAAUUUUCGAGGUUGGGGGGUGUUUAGUUUUGUUGUUUUGUGGGUCACCAGGAUUCCAUCACUCUUUUAUAUAUAUAGAUAACAGUUAAAGCCAAUCAAUUAAAACAAUACAAGGAUAAAAAUUUGCAUUUAAAACACAUAAAUGGUAGUCAUAAUAAUACAGGAUAGAUUAUUAAAAGCCAUCUAGGGCUGAUUAGUUAAUGACUGUCUCACCGAAGUCCUGCAGAAACAUCCAAGUCUUCAGUUGUUUCCUGAAGGAAGAUAGAGAGGGAGCUGUUGUUGUUGUUGUUAUGUUAUUAUUAUUUAUAGGACACUUUUAUUUCUUGAUUGAGACCCAGAACAACUCACAGUCAUCUUUAUUUAAUAGACAUGUCCAAAACAUCGUUUUGAAUCGUAUAUCGGAAUUAUUUCGGAUUGUUCUCGCUUUUUGAUACGCAUUCCGAGACAUUGUCUCACAGCGUAACAAGCAAUGUAAUUCGAACCAUUGUUGGCCCAUUCUCUAAUUGUCUCUUAAUGUUUUGUUAUUCCCCCCCCCCCAAUUUUUUUUUACAUAUUUUUAAAAAUAUUUUUUUAAAAAUUUUUGUGUCUGCAACCUACCUUGAAUGGGAGCUUAGCUCAGCCUAACAAGGUUCUUUCUCUUAGCAAGGGAAUUUCUAGUUUUCAAAGUAUCUUUGCACUCCUUGCCACGGCAUUGCUUGGUGUGGUGGUCACUGGUCCAUUUCUAAUUGAAGGCAUUGGGUUGCGGCUUGUGGGAUUACAUAGCCAGAGACACCAUUGAUUUUCAGUGUCCUUCUUGCUUACAAAUAUAGCAAGGGAAUUUCUAGUUUUCAAAAUAUCUUUGCACAACUUGCAAGGGCAUUGCAAAUUUGAUGAGGAUAGCUCAAGAAAUGAGGGCGGGAGAGCCCUGUAAAAGUCCCCCCCCCUUUGGGUUCCUUUUUUUUUUUUUUUGGUGAUUGUGCAUGCGCGUCCGCCAUUUUAGAAAAAUUUAGAAUCAUUACGAAUUUUCGGAAAUAUCCGAAAUUUUUGGGUGAAAAAAUCGGAAAUACUUUCUAUCUCGAAGCGCCAGCGCCCCCUACUUUAGAAACGAGAAUUGAAACAUUUUUUUCAUCGAUCGGCCAUGCCUAUUAUUUAAAUGUGACCCCCAGGUGGAGUCAUUAAAAGGGCGUUCUUUGUAUUUAUGUUUUCGGUUGCCAAAAGUGCUGUAAAUAAGCUUGCUUUCAAAUGGAAGCUGACUUGGAGCAAAAGCCCCAAGGAAGUUGGCUUGGCGGAGACUGGAGCCCUCAUCUUGGACUCUGAAGCCAUUGGGUCUGCUGCCAGUGGAGGGAGAGAUUGGCAGGGGGCUGUUUUGAGGUAGCCGAUAAUGUGGUCCAAUUAACUGGAAAGAUUUGAACUGCACAAGUGAGCAGCUAGGCUAAAUGAGCUGGCAGGGUUCAGGCUUUGCUGAUGAUGAGGGAGGUUUGUUGGCUCUGCUGUAGUGAUGAGAGACCGGGGGGGGGGGGGGAUGACUGACUCCCCUUAUCCCUCCCGUACUUUAAUUUCAGAGUUAGAAAUAGCUUUUGGAAUCCAAGUUGCUUGUUGGCUGACCUCAGUCCCAAAGAACACAUUUGUGGAAUAGCAGCCACCAGGCAGGCUUGGUCUUUGUUUUUUCCAGUGGUUAGUGCUUUUCAAUACACUACAGUGUCCUCACUUUAAAAUGGAACCAGAGCCCAGAAGGACAGCUCCGCGUGUUUCAUCCUCCUUCUCCCUUGGACAAGAGCUUUGUAGUCAGGGUUCAGUCGUUUCAGUGUGACCUUCCUUCCAGGAGCUGGAGUAUUUUAAUUAAAAGGUUGCCAGCAAACUCCCUCCUAGGGUGACCUAUUUACUUAUUUAUCAUGCUUUUACCUUCCAGCAGUUAGCAAAAGGUCGCAGGCUUCAGACUUAAAAUUGUGUGUGUGUGUGUGUGUUUAAAAUACUCUUUAGUAUGGGAAAAUAUUCUAACCUUGGAUGGAUGUGUUUUUAACACACAUAACAUCCCCCGCCGAUAUUGAUUUGUGACUUUUAGGACACAUGCACAGAGAGUGUAUGUUUCUCAUCUCUGCAAAAAAAAAAAAAAAAACCAACCAAAACUGUUUAGUGAUUAUGGCCAAUAAUGAGAUAUCGAUUGUUUUGCAAAUGUCACCGGUGGAAGGGCAGAAGUGCUGGCAACUGGUAGUGCUAAUUCUUCUUUUGUCCACUUGGGGGGACUGUUGGAUUUUUCUUCGUAUUUUUGAUCUCUCUUAGGCAGACACAUAUUUUUAUUCCAGGUAGCAAAGCCUUUCAGAUUUCCAGGACUAGUCGUUGUUUGAAGCUCUUUGGAUGCAGACACAGUUCAAUUUUAAAGAAGUCUGAUAAAUUCAGCUAGGUUAAGGAUGAUAGUUCUUCCUAACAUGAUGAGCUUCUGCUGUCCUUGUUUUGUCCCUGGACUGCAGGAAUCUGAGGUGGUAGUAUAGUGUGAAUACCAUCUGGCCAUGUUCGAGAAGCAUUCUCUCCUGACAUUUAGCCCACAUCUAUGGUGUUGGAGUAUGGUUGUAUUUGUAUAAAAUGUAAAUCAAGUGUUUACUGCUGAUGAGCUAGAGUGUGUAUUUUCAGUAAUGAAAUAGUUAACAGCAGGCUAGUUUUGACUGACAGCCUGUUGUGAUUACUGUGACCUAUGAGGCUUGAUUUCCGGCCUUUUGAGGGUUGGAACUUCCUCCGGACUGAGGAAUGUUGUUAUCUUAUCUGUGGACUUCGGUGUGAGCUCUCUCGGAGGAUGGACUGAGAACUGAAUGGCUCCAUUGCCGAAGAGACACUGCCAUGUGUCUGGGACUUAUGGCAAUUAUUUGUAUAUAGCUAUGUAAAUAAAGAUUUAUAACCGUUGGAUUUACAA